AUGGGGCUCUCCGCAGCGCUAGCCCGUACAGCUCUCGUUACGAUACUGGUCUGUGUCUGUUUGAGGCCCGGUGUUAUAGCACGGCCUCUGUCUAACUCUUUUUCAGUAUCGGCGAGUGAAUCCGCUGAGCAACAUCAAAGAGCCGACUUUGACUUUGUGAAACAACUUCUCCACGAGCGCCAUGCAGCCAACCAAGAGAACACCAUCAAAGAUAGAGUUUUCACAAAUGUUGACGACGGAGCCUACGUCACAGAAGCAGACUACGGCCAUCCAGAGAAGCGUGAAUGGGUAACAUGGCCAUUGGGUGACCAUAGUCAGCAAGACUCGAAUGAGAACCAUGAUCAUGACCAUGAUGGUCAUCAAUGCCAUUGCAUGCAUACCAAGCCAUCUACUGAGAAACCGACGCCUACUAAAGGGCUUCCAUGGGGUCCGGAUCCAACACAUCCAAGACCACAAACUACGAAACCACUACCAUGGGGACCUGACCCAACUGUUCCCAGAGCAAAGACUACGAAACCGUUUCCAUGGGGCCCGGAUCCAACACCUUCGAGACCAGCGACUUCAAAGAAGACAACUACCAUGGAACCGGAACCCACCACUACCAAACGUCUUACAACAACCCGUAGAACAACAACUACCCCGGAACCCACCACUACCAAGCGUCUUACAACAACACGUAGAACAACAACCCCGGAACCCACCACGACCAAGCGUCUUACAACAACACGUAGAACAACAACCCCGGAACCUACCAAGCGUCUUACAACAACUCGUAAAACAACCCCAGAACCGGAACCCACCACUACCAAACGUCUUACAACAACCCGUAGAACAACAACCCCGGAACCCACCACGACCAAGCGACUAACAACAACCCGUAGAACAACAACAACCCCGGAACCCACCACGACCAAGCAACUAACAACAACUCGUAGAACAACAACUGCCCCGGAACCUACAACUACCAAGCGCCUUACAACAACAACAUUGGCACCGAGACCCACCACUGCUUUAAUUCCGACAACUCGGCGUCCCUGGAUACCUUGGCACCCGGAACCAAGUGAUAGUUCCGAGAGCGGAUCAUGUGAAGAUUCAGACAGUAAGAUGAGUAAAGGCAAAGGUAGCCAUAGCCAUAAGCACAGCCAUAACCAUAGCGCUAGCCACAACCAUAGUCACAACCACUGUAAGGGAAGCAAAAGUAAAGGAGGCAAAAGCAGUAAAGGAAGUAAAAGUAAAGGAAAGGGAAGUAAGAGUAAAGGAAGCAAGAGCAAGGCUUCGGGAAGCAUGAGUAAAGGAAAGGGAAGUAAGAGUAAAGGAAAAGGAAGUAAAAGUAAAGGAAGUAAGAGCAAGGCUUCGGGAAGCAUGAGUAAAGGAAAGGGAAGUAAAAGUAAAGGAAAGGGAAGUAAAAGUAAAGGAAGUAAGAGCAAGGCUUCGGGAAGCAUGAGCAAAGGAAAGGGAAGUAAAAGUAAAGGAAAGGGAAGUAAAAGUAAAGGAAGUAAGAGCAAGGCUUCGGGAAGCAUGAGCAAAGGAAAGGGAAGUAAGAGUAAAGGAAAAGGAAGUAAAAGUAAGGGAAAGGGAAGUAAAAGUAAAGGAAAAGGAAGUAAGAGUAAAGGAAAAGGAAGUAAGAGUAAAGGAAAAGGAAAAAAGAGCAAAGGAGGGAAAGGCAAACGUGAUGUUCGUGAUUUAAUUUUCCCGCCUGUUUGGCGUCCAGUUGCCCUACCAGAGUGA